AUGAAGUACUCCGCUGUUGCUCUUCUCUCCGUCGUCGCUCUGGCAGCGGCUUCGCCUGUCAAGUCUGGCUCUGCCAACACCAACACGCUCGCCAACAGCGCGAAGCAGGCUGCUCGCAGCGUUACCGGCGCCUUCAAGCGCGAGGCACUGUUCGGCUUUGGCCGUGACGAUGACCGCCGUGACGAUGACCGCCGCGAACGGGACCGGGACGAUGAUGAUGAUGAUGACAAUGACCAGAAUGCCAUCAUAAUCAUCCUUGGCCUCGACAACAACGAUGACGACAAGAAGAAGCAGGAGGAUGCCCUGAAGAUCGCCCAGCUCCAGCUCGUCAAAGCGGCCCGCCUCGACGCCGCGGCCCUCGACUCGGCCAAGAAGGCGGAGGAGUUCGCGCUGGCCGCGCAGGCCGCCAAGAUCAAGGCCGCCCAGGCGCAGGCCUACGCGAAGGGCGAGGACGGCGUCAAGGCCGGCGAAGACGCGAAGCAGCAGCUCGGCGACGCGCAGCAGGCGGCCUCGCAGGCUUGCCAGGCCGCGGCUGCGGGCGGGCAGGAUGACAGCCAGAAGGGCGAGGACCAGCAGGCCGCCGACGAGCAGGCCGCCGCUGACCAGGCCGCUGCCGAACAGGCCGCCGCCGAACAAGCCGCUGCCGAGCAGGGCGCUGCUGCGACUCCGGCCGCCGACGCGGCGGCUGCGCAGGGAACUGGCGAUGCGGCGGCUGCCGCUGAGGCUGCGCAGAACGGCACGACGGGUGGCGUCUCGGAGGCUCAGAAGCGCGCUGCCGUCCGCCGCUCCUUCAACGUCUGGGGCUAG